AGAGUAGGUUAUUUCCUGUUUGGCUGGCAUACCUACCAGUUAGACUGUUGUUUUAAGCCUCGCUUGGAAUUCCCGGUUGCGUGUUUCGGUAUGGCGGAGUUUGGCGUUCACAGAAUCCUCCUUUUGGUUGUUUGUCUGACAAAAUGUCUGGAGGGGACAAAACUGCUGGCAAACCUUAAAAAAUGUGGUGACCUGGAAUGUGAAACUUUACUAAGCAGAGUCUUAGCCAUGAGUGAUUACAGAGGCCCUGACUGCCGAUACCUGAACUUCACCAAGGGAGAAGAGAUCUCUGUGUUUGUGAAACUUGCUGGAGAAAGAGAAGAUCUGUGGGCAGGAAGUAAAGGAAAGGACUUUGGCUAUUUUCCCCGAGAUGCAGUACAGAUUGAAGAGGUGUUCAUAUCUGAGGAAGUUGAAAUACCAACUAAAGAAUCCGACUUUCUUUGUCUUCUUGGAGUAAGCUACACAUUUGAAAGUGAAGAUGAUGAGUUAAACGAUAAUGCUGAGAAUAUACAUACAAACGAAGAAGAUGAAGAACAAAUAUUUUAUGAAUAUGAAAAAGACUUCCACUUAGAACCUGGCUUUUUUGCAGCUUCUGAAAGCACUUUGUUUGAAAACCAAUUACCAGUAUCAGAGGACCCGGAAGAUCCUGGAACCAUGAGUGGAUCCAAAGAAUGGGUAGAAGAAGCAGAGGGAAAAAGCACAGGACAGGACCGUAUUCCAGAAGCGGAUUAUGUCCCUGUACUCUCAGCUGGGCCUGAAUCAAAUGGAUGGUUUGGAGUGGGAAAAGAACAAGCUGAAGACAUGGCUUUUGCCUCAACUGUUGCACCCAUAAAAGACAGCUCAUUGCUAGGGAGUAAAACGACAAUGGAAGAUGAAGACAAGAGAGAAUUAAAUAAUGAUGAUCUCCAAGGAGCACAUGGGCCAGAACCUGAAUUUGAUGCAGUGCCAAAGGAGCAGUCUGAACCAGGAUCACAGUCAGAGCACAUGGCGCAACCUCUGGAUACUGGAUGGUUUGGUGGUGGAUUUGCAAGUUACUUGGGCUUUGCAGAUAAGGGUACAGAGCUUGAAGUAUUGACUGAGGACAGCAAUGCGUCACUGCCUGAUGUUCCCAGUUCCACAUCAUCGGUUGAAGAACCCACAGUACCAUGUACAGAAAUACCACCAGUAAAGGAAGACCCGGUCAUUAAUGAUAGCUCACAUCCCAAGCCAAGUUGGUUUGAUUUUGGUUUUGCAAUGCUAGGCUUUGCAUAUGCCAGUGAAGAGAAAAUUAUAUCAGACAACGCACAAAAUGAAGAAGUUGCUGCUGGAAAUGAAUAUGAACAGCCUCUAGCAAGUGACUUUGACCCCGACAAGGAACAAGAUAUAAGAAUGACAGAAAAUAUAAAAACAGAAGAUCAAGUAAACAAAAGAAUCUUAGAGGAAACAGAUGAUUCGGAUACUUUGCCGUACUUUAAGAAGUUCUUAACUCAUUUUGAAAGCCCCUGGAGCCUCCAGAGGAUUCCAAAGGAAACAGAAUUACAAUUUCCACAACAGAUGCUAGAUCAAGAUAAUGUGGUCGAAAAUGACAAAAUAGAAGAAUUUUUAGUCAAAAGUUAUCCUACAGAUAAAAUGCAAGUUAUGAGGAAAAGCAAAAACAGUCAACCAGAAUUACUUAAUGGAGUUCUUGAAGAAGCAUCUAUUAAAACCUCAUCUUCUAGCAGUAAUGAUGAAACAUCAACGCUGUCAGAAGAAGCUGGAGUGUUUGCUGACAUGGAAACAGAUGGAUCUGCGGACAAUAGCCUGCUGAACAGUCAGAGGUUUGCAGCUGAAAGCUCUUUGUUGGCUCAAAAAUAUUCUGCUCAAAAAGCAGAAGAUGCUUCCGAGGUUCAGAUCCUGGAAUAUUUAUUUCAAAUUGUAUGUGAUUUCAUGAAUUCUGUGUUUCCAUCAGUUCUAGUUCUUGCAGAAAUGGUUGUGGCAACAUUGCCUGAAGAUAUGAGAAGCCAGAAUCCCUAUGGUUUUCCAUGGGAGUGGGUGAUAUUGGCAGCUAUUGUUGGAAUUUUUGCUGUUUUCUUGUUUUUGUGGAGAAGCGUCCAAUCUAUUAGAAGCCGACUUUAUGUGGUGAGAGAGAAAAAGCUUGCUGUAAAACUUUCUGAACUAAUAACGGAAAAGUGUAAACUACUUGAGAAAAUUAGCCUUGCUGAAAAAGAGUGUGAAGGCUUAGAGUCAUCUUUGAAAGAUGGCAGCUUUGAGGAGUCAAAAGAAGUACAAGCUUUGAAGUUUGUUGAAGGAUCACAAAUAACAGAGGAGGAAACCUAUGAGAAGCUGGAGAGUCUGAAAACUAAGCUCGAGGAUGAAGUUCUCUGUUUAGAAAAACAAUUAGAAGAAGAAAAAUCUAAACAUUCCGAACAAGAUGAAUUGUUCGCAGAUAUUUUACAGAGCUUACAAUCACUAGAGGAUGAGUCAAAAUCCCUCAAAUCACAAGUAGCUGAAGCUAAAACAACCUUUAAAGUAUUUCAAAUGAAUGAAGAACGACUUAAGAUAGCAAUAAAAGAGGCUUCGAAUGAAAAUUCGCAACUUCAGGAAAGCCAGAAACAGUUUUCACAAGAAACUGAAAUAUGGAAAGAAAAAGUGAAUGAACUUAAGAAACAGAAAGUGGCAUUUGAAAACUUUAAAGCACAGGUAGAACAAGUCCUAAGUGAUAAAGAAAAUCAAAUCAAGUCUCUGACUGAGCACUUGCUAAAGAUGAAAGAUUGGGCUGCCAUUCUUGGAGAAGACAUAACCGAUGAUGACAGUGUGGAACUGGACAUGAAGAGUGACUCAGAAAAUGGUGCCCACUUAGAUAACCAUCCAAAAGGAGCUAUGAAGAAAUUGAUCCAUGCAGCAAAGUUAAAUGCUUAUUUAAAAUCGCUAGAAGGAGAAAGAAACCAAAUUUACACUCAGUUAUCUGAUGCAGAUAAAGCAAAAGAAGACCUUACAGAGCAUAUUAAAAAUCUCCAGACUGAACAAGCAUCUUUGCAGUCAGAAAAUGAACAGUUUGAAAGUGAAAUCCAGAAGCUUCAGCAGAAACUUACAGUAAUGACCGAAUUGUAUCAAGAAAAUGAAAUGAAGCUUCACAGGAAAUUGACAGUAGAGGAAAAUAGCCGGCUAGAGAAGGAAGAAAAACUUUCCAAAGUGGAUGAAAAACUCAACUAUGCCACGGAAGAACUGGAGACAUAUCGAAAGAGAGCCAAAGAUCUUGAAGAAGAAUUAGAAAGAACCAUUCAUUCUUACCAAGGACAGCUUAUUUCUUAUGAGAAAAAAGCACAUGACAAUUGGUUGGCAGCUCGGACUGCUGAAAGACAUCUCAGUGACUUAAAGAAAGAAAAUUCCUAUAAUAGGCAAAAAUUAACUGAAACUGAGUUUAAAUUUGAACUUUUAGAAAAAGAUCCUUUUGCACUUGAUGUUCCAAAUACAACCUUUGGCAGAGAACAUUCCCCUUAUGGUCCCUCACCAUUGGGUCGGCCUUCAUCUGAAACGAGAGCUUUUCUCUCCCCUCCAACUUUGUUGGAGGGUCCACUCAGACUCUCACCUCUGCUUCCAGGGGGAGGAGGAAGAGGCUCAAGAGGCCCAGAGAAUUCUUUGGACCCUCCAACUACCAGUGAGAGAGGAGAAUCAAACUAUGACAAAUACUCUGACCCUCACAGAGAACCUUCUGAUACUGGGUCCCUGUCCCCUCCUUGGGAACAGGACCGGAGAAUGAUGAUCCCUCCACCAGGCCAACCGUAUCCUGAUCCAUCUCUGCCUCCCCAAAGGCAAGAGAGAUUUUAUUCUCAUUCUGGUAGACUGUCUGGACCAGCAGAGCUCAGAAGUUUUAAUAUGCCUUCUUUGGAUAAAAUGGAUGGAACAAUGUCUUCAGAGAUAGAAUCCAGUAGAAAUGAUAUCAAAGACAAUCCUGGUAAAUUAAAUGUGUCUGAUUCAUCUGUUCCUGCUGAAAGUGAAGUACCUCGCCCCGGCUGUUUCUCCCCACCUCAGGCUCCAGUCAGAGGGCCAUUUUUGCCAAUAGAUCCAUACUUGAGAAGAGGACCUCCUUUCCCUCCUCCUCCAGGAAGUGUGUAUGGAAUUCCUAGAGAUUAUUUUCCACCAAGGGAUUUCCCUGGCCCACCGCCUCCGCCUCCUCCAUUUGCAAUGAGAAAUGUCUAUCCACCAAGGGGUUAUCCUCAUUAUUUCCCCCCAAGAGCUGGAUUUCUCCCCCCACCUGCCCCGCAUUCUGAAAACAGAAGUGAGUUCCCUUCAGGGAUUCCUCCUCCAAAUGAGCCUGCUGAACGUGCAGAACCACGGCAAGAAGCCUGAAAACAUUUUUGAUUUCUCAGCGGAAGUAACGUUGACUUCUCUCAUCUUUACCAUUUAAGUAACGGCUGUUACUUAAGUUAUUCUACUUUUGCUUAAAUUGAAGCCUAGUGGAAUUAUAAUUCUCAGGAUUAUACUUUGUAAAUAAAGAUGAUUUAAAUAUUAA